AGUGUUUAUUAAAAGUACUUUUAGUUUAUUGUAUUAUAAAUAAUGUAUUUUGUCAUUUCCUGUUCUCUACACAGACUUACUGUGAAGAAACGUAGCCUACCACCAGCUACAAUAACUAUUAACUAUGCCAAGUCUACAUUUUUAUGUUGCAUAACUUCCUGUUUCAAAAAAGGAUCAAGGCAAGGCAGGACCAGGCAAUUCCAGACAUAAUAUCCACUGAGAGCAAAAAAGUUAUAAAAGGCACUUUGACGUCUCAAUGUUUCCUGGUGGAAUUUCCAUUCACUUCGCAAAAGACUUUCCGGGGGUGUGGCUACAUGUAUUUAAAAACUCAGCAGCUCACACAGACACAGAGCAACAUAUCUCAGCUCGCACAGGCACAAAGCGAAAUGUCUCAGCUCCAAGGUUUCUGGGACUGCAUCCUACAGUACGAGACCUGGUUAAGGUCUCCCCUGUUCCCUGUGCUGUUUUCACUGACAGUCUAUUUAAGUUUCUGUUUACCUUUUGUACUUCUGGACCUCCUGUCCUCCAGAGUGGACCUGGUGAGGAGAUACAAAAUCCAGCAGAAACCGGUGACUUUGAGGAUGAUGUGGACCUGUCUGGCUCUCUCGCUCUACAAUCACAUUGUGUACAUCUUCCCGCUGAGCGUGCUGCACUGGUACUGGAGACCUGUCGUCUACCCAGCAGAGGCUCCCAGUUUCCUUGAAGUCAUCAGGCACUUGGUGAGCUGUUUGCUGCUCUUCGAUUUCCAGUACUUCAUCUGGCAUAUGCUGCAUCACAAGGUGCCAUGGCUUUACCGCACAUUCCACAAGGUGCACCACAAGCACACGUCCACCUUCGCCCUCACUACAGAGUACUCGGGUGCUUGGGAGACGCUGUCGCUCGGCCUCUUCGCGGCGAUGAACCCCAUGCUGCUGGGCUGCCACCCGUUCACUGAGAUGCUCUUUCAUAUCCUGAACAUGUGGCUGUCAGUUGAAGACCACUGUGGGUAUGACCUGCCCUGGGCCACACACAGACUUGUUCCUUUUGGACUGUAUGGAGGCGCUCCACAUCAUGACCUUCAUCACCAGAAGUUCAAGGCCAACUACGCUCCAUACUUUACUCACUGGGACAAGCUGUUUGGGACUCUUCACACAGAGUGAACAGGCAAAGAAGGACUUCCAGAUCACAGUACUAUUUUGCAUCAAAAUGAUCUCAGAGACUUUUCUGGAUUCAAUGAAUCUACAAAAUUAAAAAAUUAAUUAUUAAUAUAAACCAGCUAAAUGUUAUACUAUUUAUUGAAAGUAAGUUAUGAAGCUGAUUGUGAGUUUUUAUAUGUUUGUAUGUAUUUAUCCAGUACAUAUGAAGUAUAAUUUAUAUGGUUUGUUAUGCUUGUUGACCAAGAACAAAAUACCACAAGUUGCAUUAAAAAAGCUCUUUAAACAUGAAGUACAAA